CCUUGAUCUACAUGAGCAAACGCGUUUUUCUUGACCCGUUGGUUCCUAGGGUCCGCAGAUGCAAUGCCUGCCAACGCUUCGGACAUCUGGCACAAUAUUGCAGGUCGGGCACGGCCCCUCAUAGGAUCAUUUGUGAGAGAUGCGGUGAGAAAGGACACGCCAAAUCCGUGUGCACUGGCCCCGCGCGAUGCAUCAACUGCAUCAGAGCCCAACUGGACCGAGUGGAUCAUGAGGCCUCUGCUGGCACUUGCCCAUCCUUCCUGAAGGAGAAAGGCAUUCGGAUGAUUAUGGCCAGAUUUAACGUCCUACGACCGGAAGCCGACGAGAUAUAUAUUGAAUGCGGAGGAGUUCCCGGCCGGAGAUGGACCCGAUAUUCUCGCGCGAUCCCUAACCCUACUUUGGGUGAUUUUCUACCACCUCGUACGACGGCCCCGUCUUAUGCAGACGUUGUGGCCGCACCAUCAUCAAAACACCCGCCAGUGGAGAUGCCGGUACAUCGCGCGUGUCGAGGCCCUAGUUGGCCCCCUAUACCGCUACCACCGCUCUCUCCUCGAUCUAAACCCGCUCGCGCCACCUCUCCCACUCCUCUCCCUACUAUGCUUCCUUCUCAUAAUAAUCCCCCCUCGAAUACUAUUUUAGAUCCUCUAAAGCAUUGUAAUAGGCCUAAGGCCAGUGUAGCUUCUCGAUUCGUUCAUUCCGCUAAUGCUAACUCUAUUAUUUCAGCCGAGAGCAGUAUGGCUCCGUUCGUUUCUGCCGAUCUUCUUCAGCGUGUUAAAUCAAAAUAUACAGAGAAAUUCGCUACAGACAUAUAUCUUCCGGAUACAGUGAGUUAUAACCUCAUCUCUUCUAUCCUCGAGAGAAGUAUAAAGUUAGCAUAGCUACUCUUUGCGAGACUCACCUCUCGCCGCAAUCUGUCGUGAACUUCGCUAACUAUUCCAUUGUCU